CAGCAGUUGUACCGCGCUGGAACCACGGAUUCAACUAGCAACCUCGCUAAAAGACAUUAUUCCAUGGUGGCUCCUGUCCGUGCUUCUAGAGGCCCGUGACGUGUAUCGGCUGCUAUACCGGUUGUUCAUCUCAACUAUUAGUGACAAAUAAUGUUUUGGAGCACAGUUGCUUUAAUUUCAUGUGUAAAACUAUUACUAAUUCCUUCUUAUCAUUCAACAGAUUUUGAGGUGCAUCGCAAUUGGUUGGCCAUUACCCACAGUCUGCCUAUAAGCAAAUGGUAUCAGGAAGCCACUUCAGAAUGGACGUUAGACUAUCCCCCACUUUUUGCAUGGUUUGAGUUUAUCCUGUCCUGUUUUGCAAAGUACUUUGAUGCCGAGAUGUUGCAAGUGAAGAGUCUAAACUACGCAUCUCCAAGAACAGUUCUGUUUCAGAGGUUAUCAGUGAUUGUUACAGACAUUGUAUUUGCAUAUGGGACUUUGGAGCUGUGUAGCUAUUUGAGCAGCAGUGGAAUCCGAAAAAGCAGCAAAUGGGGAUCUCGUUGGGGGUCACCAGCUGCGAUCUUGCAGAUCCUUCUCUUGGGCAAUGCUGGCUUACUGAUGGUUGAUCAUAUCCAUUUUCAAUACAAUGGUUUUCUACUAGGAAUUUUGUUGAUCUCUGUGGCUAGAAUUCUGCAGGGACACUGCUUGAUGGGAGCAUUCUGGUUUGGAGUUCUUCUCAAUUUGAAACACAUUUUUAUGUAUGUGGCUCCAGCAUACUUUGUCUAUCUCCUGCGUAGCUAUUGCUUCCUGGGAACACAUUCUGGAAGUUCUGUACAGUGGCGAGCUUUCUCUCUGACUCGAUUUGCCAAGCUUGGUUUAGUGGUGACAUCUGUUUUCCUAGUCUCUUUUGGACCUUUUGUCAUCUUGAACCAAUUACCUCAGGUAUUUUCAAGACUGUUCCCAUUUAAACGAGGGCUGUGUCAUGCCUACUGGGCACCAAACUUCUGGGCUCUCUAUAAUAUUGCUGAUAAAAUGGCCACAGUUGCAGGUAGACAGUUUGGAAUUAUCAGGAAUGUGCCUGCUGCUGUUAUGACUGGUGGCCUUGUUCAAGAAUACAAGCAUGUUAUUCUACCAGAAGUUACACCCAGAACUACUUUCAUUUGUACACUUCUCUCAGUUCUGCCAGCACUGGUGAAGCUGUGGUAUUGUCCAGGGAACCCAUACCAUUUUGUGCGCUGCAUAAUUCUCUGUGCCUGUGGCUCAUUCAUGUUUGGCUGGCAUGUGCAUGAAAAGGCUGUUCUUUUAAUCAUCAUUCCACUAAGUUUCAUGGCUGUAAUAUGGAAGAAAGAAGCUCAGAUGUAUGUACUUCUUGCUACAGUGGGACAUUAUUCCCUGUUUCCUUUGCUGUUUACAGCAUUUGAACUUCCUAUCAAGGUGCUUCUGGUACUCCUCCAUUCUUCAUAUGCCUUUUUAAACUUAGCCAGUUUAUUUGAUAUCAAGAAGUGUUCAUUAUGUCUUCCUCUUCUUAAUGGACUUGAAUCAAUCUAUGUUUUAGGACUAGUUCCGCUUUUUCUGUUUGAAAAUGUGGUAUAUCCAUUACUGGGGUUGAACACUAGACUGCCAUUCUUACCCCUUAUGCUUACAUCUGUGUACUGUGCUAUGGGUGUCUCAUACUUUUGGCUGAAAUAUUAUUGGCAUUUCCUUACCACUAGUGAGGUAAAUCAUAAGCGGAAAGCACACUAGACUUAUUGCAUUUAUAGAAGCAACAUAAAAAUGUGAAGAAAGGCUGUGCCAUAAUUGUUCUCUGAAGCAUAUUUUGAGGAGGUUACUAUUUUCAGGGCUGAGGUACCGUGUCGUCUGAUAGAAGUUCAACUUUUUGGAGAAACAUACUGACUCCAGCUUCAGGGUCAGAGAGUAAGCCAAGUAAGAAGCAUGCAACAAGCUGAGCUUACUCUUCAGUUUGACCUUGAAGAUGGGGGCAAAACAUUUCCUGUACUGUUGGUGAACUACUACCAGACUACGUGUCGUUACAUCUCAGAAGAUAGUACUUCUCAUACUUGUUUCUGUGAGACCUCAUAUUUGACAUGUUUUGAGAAAUACUGCAAUGCAUGAUGAUUUAUUAAUGACACAGUCAAUAUUACCAUAUUAAUAUUCACUGCCAUGAGAAUCUAAAAUAUUAGCAAUGCAGUAAUCCCCACAUUUCAUGCAAGGUGGCAUAAAUAGUUCAGUGACUUUUAUUUAGUACUAUAAAUUUAAUUUAUUGUUCUGUCACAUAAUCUGUAGCAGUCGAACAGUUACAAUAUUCUGUGUCUAAAACAUCUUAGAGGUUGUGUCAUCAUCAGGUAGUAAUUUAGAUAAUUAUGUCAUAAUUUAAAAGUUCAUUUAUUCAUUCAUUCAUUCAGCACUGGCUCUACAUUACUAUGUUGGGCCCUGGCCUCUUCUA